AUGGCAGCGCCCAGCCUGCUGCGCGGGGGCUUUAGGCGGUUAUUCACCGGGCUCUUCGGGAAUGGCUGGACCUCGCCACCGGCCCGAGGCCUCCGGGAAGUCGUUGAGGUGACUGAAGGCAACACGACCACAAUUGAAGGGAGAAUUAUAGAGGAUCCUGAAAUACCAACUCCUCCAAACCCUUCUGGCCAGUGUCCUAUCUGCCGCUGGAACCUGAAGCAUAAGUAUGACUAUGUGGAUGUCUUGCUGCUGAGUCAGUUUAUCCGUUCUGAUGGAGGGAUGCUGCCACGAAGGAUCACAGGUCUCUGUCUGGAGGAGCACAGGAAGAUUGCUGUCUGUGUGCAAAUGGCUCAUCGUGCAGGUUUGUUGCCAAACCACAGGCCUCCACUUCCUGAAGGGCAUGUUCCCAAGAAACCCGUGCUCAACAGGUAUCUGACUCGCUGGUCCAUCAGAUCUGCAAAGCCCAUCUGGAAGAGAGGCCCUAAAUGGUGCAAAAAACCCUUUCCAGUUGGACACCCAUUGCUGAAGGAUAAUGUCAAAUAUACACACAAGCCUCUCCUUUUAAAUCACUAGUGGCCAGAACUGGCACAGUCAGUAUACACAGUGGGUUUCCAGUGUUUUGGUUUUUUUGCAAGCGUGCCAGUAUCUCCAAUUUUCUUACUCCAAAACUGUCAUUAGUACUCUAUAUUGUCUCCAGUGAAUGAUGUGUGAUCUGCUCCUCUAGGAGAAUACAAGAUUCAGCAAAGCAAAGUUCAGGUUGCAAAAUUAUUUGGAGAAAGCAGGGGCAAAGACUUUAGUCUCAAAGCCAGAAAGGAUCUGAAGGCUUUUGUGUCAUUAUGGUCCAUAACUAGAUUUGGAAAAGGAGGUUUCCUUUUUUCCAGCAGUGAAUGGUGAUUCCUUGUUAACAUGUGUUUCAACUCAGAUUUGCUUCAUUUGGACUUUUAAACCUGUGACACUGAUGGAACAAAAAAAGUCUCCUGCAGCACUCUAAUUUCCUUGGCAGUAACAGAAAUUGUUAAUGACUACUGAAAUGAUUUUUUUAAUAAUCUCUACUAUCUGUAAUUUGCAGCAGAACACCUGUAGCAGUGGCAGACAGGCAUGUGUGCAUCUUACCAUGUCCCUUUAAAGAAUUCCUGGCUUGUGCUUCACUCCUGGAUCUAGCAAAUACAGAAUG